AUGGCAACAGCAGCACUCACCGCUGCCAUCUCUACUGCAACCCAGCUCUCAAGCAGCGUGUCUUCGUCGCCACAGCCUUCAACUUCGUCGGUCUAUUCGGUGGCCGGCUCUGGUCAGGGCCCCGAAGGUGAGGAUAAUGGGGAAUGCAGGCUGCUAGGACCCUUUUCGCUCUUCGUCCAGGCGGCGCUCGGGGCACUGGCGCUACUAUCACUCGUAUAUAAGAGAUGGAGAGAGCGGCCACAGCGGCCGGUAAAGGUGUGGGCGUUUGAUGUUUCGAAACAAGUUUUUGGGUCUGCCAUGCUGCAUCUGGCCAACUUGCUCAUGUCCAUGUUCUCCGCUGGCCAAUUCGAGAUAACGAGCACAUACAAGCCUAACCCUUGCUCGUUCUACCUACUGAACCUAGGGAUUGAUACUACGCUCGGUAUCCCAAUCCUCAUCAUGAUCCUUGGUGCCCUGAACAGUUUGGCCUAUUACACCCCGCUUGCCGACCCCCCGGAGUCGAUAGAAUCCGGGAACUACGGUUCUCCACCUUGCGCAACAUGGUGGUUCAAGCAGUCCCUUAUAUAUUUUGUCGGGCUUCUUGGCAUGAAGAUUUGCGUCUUCUUCCUCAUCCAACUGUUUCCAUUCAUCGUCAAGGUAGGCGACUGGGCUCUGCGGUGGACCGAAGGCAACACGGCUGUUCAGAUCAUCUUCGUCAUGCUGCUCUUCCCCGUCAUCAUGAAUGCCAUCCAGUAUUAUAUCAUUGAUAUCUUCAUCAAGAAGACCAUUCACUCAGAAAAUGAGCUGCUAGGAGAGGAUGAAUUCCGGAACGCUAUGCUCGAUGAUGACCGCCACCGCCGCAGUGCCUUCCUUGCCGGUUUGGACGACGAUUCUGACUCUGAUGAAGACGGCGAUCUCGCCGGCAAGGUCAUUGAAAGUGCCUCUCCCAACAAGGCUGCUACACAUGCCCGGACCGUCGAAUAUGACCCGGAGAUAGAUGGGGAAAAUCCCCCUCCGGUUUCCUCUUAUUCCGCAGCUUCUGGCAGUAGUCACGGCGAAUAUGAUCCGGCUUCGUCUUCUACUAAAUUGACUCUUCAACGCAAUAAUGGGAUUUAA